AUGAACGCCGCCCAGAUUUACCGCAGCAAGAACAACGGCGGGUUUGACACCCGAACUCUGACGCUGUACCUCGCCAUCAUCUCUGUGGGCAGCGCUGUUGGACGCAUUUUCAUAGGAUGCCUCGAUAUGAAGCUGGCUGCGUGGAACCGUGCAGGCAAGUCACAAAUGCUGACGACUAUUGCGCUUCCCAUUGGUCCCCUGCUGAUGGUGUUGGCGUACCUCUUCUUUGCCGUCCUGCCGUCUGGCGCGCUAAUACUGCCGUUUUUGCUUGGAGCUAUCGGAAACGGCGUUGGCUGGGGUGUGGGCGUUAUUGCGAUGCGGAUGCUGUACGCCGAGGACAUUGGGAAGCACUACAAUUUUUGUUUUUCUUCCGGGGCUGUUUCGUCAGUUGUGCUGAACCGCUUCAUGUUCGGGGAGAUGUACGAUGCG